AUGGUCAAUCUUGGUCCUCGCAAGCCUCCUUCUCGUAAGGGCUCUAUGGCUGAUGUUCCGAAAGACCUCCUUCAUACGAUAUCAAUUCUCGAAAAAAAAUUCACUGUUGACAAAGAAAUGUUAAAAAAAAUUACUGACCACUUUGUCGAAGAACUUCGUAAAGGUCUUUCUAAAGAAGGUGGAAGCAUUCCAAUGAAUGUUACUUGGGUUAUGGAUUGGCCAACCGGAAAAGAAAAAGGUGCUUAUUUGGCGCUAGAUAUGGGUGGCACUAAUUUUAGAGUAGCUGAAAUUACUCUUGAUGGUAAUAGAGGUUUUGACGUAACCCAAUCCAAAUAUUUGAUGCCCAAAAAUCUUAAAGUUGGCUCCAAAGAUGACUUGUUCGAUUAUAUUGCAGAUUGUGUCGGGAAGUUUCUGUCCUCAUCACAUCCUGGGGAAACCAUUAAAAACAUUUCACUCGGGUUCACUUUUUCUUAUCCUUGUACUCAACCUGCCAUUAAUAGGGGGAUACUACAAACAUGGACUAAAGGUUUUGAUAUUGACGAUGUUGAAGGCCAUGAUGUAGCGCCAAUGUUAGAAUCAGCUCUUCGCAAAAAGGGAUUGCCGAUUUCUGUUACAGCUCUUAUUAACGACACUACUGGAACACUUGUUGCUUCAAACUAUGUAGACCCUCAAACCAAAAUGGGUCUUAUUUUUGGAACAGGAUGUAAUGCUGCCUAUUAUGAGCGCUUUUGCAAUAUACCCAAGCUUGAAGGGCUUCUUCCAAAUGACCAGAAUAUUUCACCUAAUGAUUAUAUGGCAAUUAAUUGUGAAUGGGGAGCUUUUGAUAAUGAACACAAAAUACUUCCCCGUACUGAAUGGGAUAUUUCAAUAGACAAUGAAUCACCACGACCUGGUCAACAAUGUUUUGAAAAAAUGAUAUCUGGUUAUUAUUUAGGCGAAAUUUUACGGAAAGUUUUGUGCGAUCUUUAUGAUGAAGAAACAAUAUUUGAAGGAAGAAAUAUUGAAUCUUUGAGAAAACCUUAUUCUCUUGAUGCAUCGUUUUUAUCACAAAUUGAAGAAGAUCCUUGGGAAAAUCUUACUGAAGUUGAAUCUCUUUUCCUUAACAAACUUGGAAUUUUUGUUACAGAAUCUGAACGAAAACUAAUUCGUCGUCUUGCCGAACUCAUUGGUACACGUUCUGCUCGUCUUUCCGCUUGUGGUGUAGCUGCCAUUAUUAAACAAAUCGAUAUGCAAUCUGGCCAUUGUGGUGCAGAUGGCUCUGUUUUCAACAAAUAUCCACAUUUUAAAGCCCGCAUGGCUGAAGCUCUAUCAGAAAUCUUUGAAUGGUCAUCUAAGUCUUAUAAAUCACAUCCAAUCACUGUUAUUCCUGCGGAAGAUGGCUCUGGUGUGGGUGCUGCUCUCAUUGCUGCUUUAACAGUAAAUCGUAUUGAGCAAGGGAAGUACAUUGGUCAACGUGAAGUUUAG